GGCACGGUCAAUAUCUAAGUGUCGUGUAGGACAAUACCAGUACAUGUAACUGUUAACGGUUUGAUACCUUCUUGUUACUAUACAUCGUUCUUCACCACACAGGAACACUACCACACCUUGCCUACGUUCCUAAAAUAGGCAAGCGUGUUAAACGACAUGCAGAAAAAAAAGAAAACAAUGUAGCUGAUUUUUUUCGCGAUAGAUAUGGGAUUAUAUUCGAUGCUUUUACGUCCUUGAUAACUUCGUGGUUUUGCCAAAACUGCACAGUGCGACCGGAGCACUGGGAUGGAUUUUCGGAUAAAGUCUGGACACGAACUAUAGUUUUUGGUUCCGUGUGAUACGAGACCGGUAUGGCGAUAUCAGAGAAACUGAAGAAGGGUUCUACCAGUGACUUCCCUAGCGGUUUCGACCGCUGGUUGGCUUUGCAAAGCGUCAGCGAUAAAAUUGUACGGCGAGCCAGCACACUGAACGCUAUGGAGAAACUCCGCCUUGAACGAGCCACCAAACAAAUCGACUUCAAAAUCCAGCUUCGGGAGAAUCACUAUGACAACGUCAACCAGCGACUGAAGGAGACGCUGAAAGACCAUGACUUGUACAAGAGGGCGCUUUUGAGAAACGCGCCACCCCCGCGCGAGAAUAAUCAGGUCCCGCCCACUGCCGAGAUGAAGCCCUUCGGGAGAUACCAAGGAGCGUACCAUUCGAAAAUGGGGACGGCCAUGCAGAGAGAGGAGGAGGAAAUCGCGCAGCGGAAACUGCGCCGGCGGAACAAGCUCCUGGAAAGGGCCAAGCAUGAGAGCGAGACUCGGAUUGACCCGAAACUGUCGACCGAGCAGAUUCUGUCCAAUAAUGACAAGCCGCUCUCCGAGCGUUUCAAGCGAACUACGACCAUGCGCAUUGCCACGCUGCGGGCGCAGACAAAUGCAGUGAACGCAUUCAUGAAAGUAAAACGCGAUGCUGCUGUUAAAAAGCAAGCCAAAAGAUACAGCAAAAGCAGCCUUUUCAAAGGUGUUUUUCAAACUGAAUAACUAGGAUAUUAUAUCCAUUCUGUUCGGCACGAGUGAUUAUCUGACAUCUAUAAGUUUAAUGGCGAAUGACAAUCAUGAUGUUGUGUUUGUUUUGCUUUGACGUAUUUACACAGAUGUAGAAACAAAAUAUGAUGCAUAUUAAAACAAAAAUCGUUUGUUUUUCAACGGAUAAAUAGAGAACUUGAAAAGGAUGUAUACAUUUUCAUGUUAAAGAAAAGAAUAUAGAAUUAUACCAUACUAGUUUACUCAUUUGUAACGCUAUAUUGCUUACGUUUACGCAAUUAAGUCUUGUUCUGUUUGCGAUCUUGAUUCUAGUUUGGUACAAUCACGUCGAAUGUAUUUUAACGAGUCAGUGAGACAAAUGUAGUUAGUUCACACGCACCAUUCCACAGCAGUUUGUUCACAGCAACGGAAUAAAUUCGAACUUGCGUUCAUAUAAACCAGA